GUACAGAGAGUAGAAAGAGUCAUGACUUCUCUAAUGACGAAACUGUUUUAAAAUGUCCAUAUAGCUCUCGUGAAGAGCAACAAUGCAUCUCUAUCUCUUUAAACAAUGGGCCUUCACUGCUUGAAUCUGCUGGUGAGCAGUCUGGCAACCCUCCAAAUCAACAGGAAACAAAGGAGAGCCAUACAGAGGGUUACAACAGACCUCCUGAAAUCUCUGAGGCUACACUAAAACCAACCUCUGUUGCCGAACUAGAACCUCAAACUGACCUCCCAGAUGUUGACGAGGAGCAUAUUUCCACUUCUCACCAUGCUGGUGCAACCCUAUCUGCUGCUGGGCUGCACAGUUCCGUUAAUUUGAUGGAGAGCGGUGAGGUUACAUCACAUACUGAAAAAACUCUGGAACCAUUUGUGACUUUAGUGUUCGAUGAAAAAUGUGACAAAGCGGAAACUGAAACCUGCAGGACAGAUUCUGCUGACAAGCGAGAUGGAUUGAAUGACCCAGAAAGGCUGAUUGAAAAUACAGGACUUGAACAUUGUGCAAGAGACAUUCAAGAAGGGGAGCACGAUGACCAUGACCACAACAGGGCAAUGGAUCAGGUUUACGGUUGUGAAGUUUCCGAGCAGAUAUCAGUGGAACAGCAUAACGUUGACAUGACAGCAAUGGAUACGGUAGAGGAGGCAAAAAGUGAAGGAGCAGUGAGCAAGACAGGAACAGAAGUCAUAUCUGAGCCGAAGGCCGAUUCUGAUAUUUGUGUGAGAGGCGAGAGUUCCUCUUUGACAGUUAAUAAUAAUGCAUCUUCUGAAAAGCUGCUUUUUGGAGAUUCAAAAGGAGACCCCACACAAACAAUCACUACUCAGUGUGCAGACCAGAACUUAGUGACAAAUUCUUUACAUCAGCCAGUGGAGAACACUGCUGACUGCCUGGUAUCGACAGAGGUGCCUGGCUGUGAGGAACAAACCAUACCUCAUCAUUUGGAGAAUAGCUGCUCCACGUUGGACCCUAUCCCAGAGGUGAGCCUUGUUGAACCAGAUGAUGCAGCUGUACUGACCCCUCAAAAGAACAUUGGCGUAAAUCUCAACCCAAAUUCAACAAGUCAGGACUCCUCAGCUGGUGAUGUACAUGAAGUGCCUGAAAAAUACUCCCACAACCAUCUACUGGGCUCUGUAAAGGUCAAUGAUGAGGUUUCACCAGAAGGACUCCAUGGCAACCAAGCCUCUGGUCAUCAUGGCAGUGACUCACCUGCCUCUGAGGUGGCAGAUGGUCAAAGGGAACACUACAGUCCUGAAGCCACAUUCUCUAGAAUGGAGGAGACAGAUGAGGCUGCACAAACAGUUAUUAACAAUGACGCACACCUCACCAGUCCAUUUUUACAUGAGAUGAGAGAGCCUGGAAAUCACAAAGAUGACAACAUGGUCAAAGUACGCAUGAGAAAGCGGGAGCAUGGCCGUCUCGACUCAAUGGUGUUGCUACUCAUGAAGCUGGACCAGUUGGACCAAGAAAUUGAGAAUGCCCUCAGUGCCUCUUCCUCAAUGGGCAGCACCCCCACCCUCCACCGACGUCAACUCCUGGACACUGAUGUAGGAUCUGGAUCUGUGUCAACAACACUCCAAAACUCUCCACAGCCAUAUGACAUUCCUGCUGCCGCCACCUUUGACCCCUCGCCAGCUCUUGGAGCAAAACCUAAAAAUGGGAGCAACUCUGCCAUAUCUGAGAGAGAAAAUGCUGAGAUUGAAGCCAAAGAGGCCUGUACCUGGCUCCGGGCAGCAGGGUUCCCACAGUACGCCCAGCUUUAUGAAGAUGCCCAGUUUCCUAUUGACAUCUCUUCAGUGACCAGAGACCAUGACUUCCUGGACCGGGAUGCCAUUGAGGCUCUCUGCAGGCGACUGAACACCCUUAACAAGUGUGCUCUAAUGAGACUUGAGAUAUCACCUCAACGAAAAAGAAGUGAGGAUUCAGAUGAGGAUGAACCGUGUGCCAUUAGUGGCCGCUGGACCUUCCAGAGGGACAGCAAGCGCUGGUCCCGUAUGGAAGAGCUGGAGGUUUUCUCUUCAUUACACAAAGAUGACACCCUGCCCUCAUUCCCUAAGGACCAAGUGUCACAGAAAGGGAAGCUGGCCCUACGAGAAGGCAAUAGUUCAGAGAGUGUCCUGACUGACCUCAGUGAACAACCUGAAGUGGGCUCCAUUCACAGCAGUGGCAGUGGAGGAAAAGGUGAAGAGAAGAUCCACGGUGCUGCCACGAUCAGUGAAGCGGUACCCUCUGGUGCCACCCGUGCCAGCUCUGUAGCUAGCAUGUGUUCAUCCUCAGGCACGGGCGGGUCAGGAUGUGCUAAUGAGGACUCUCUGUCUGAUGGGUUGCCUCCAUCACCCCUGGAAACACUUGGACAGUUUACUUUCGAUGUAAAAACAGGGAUGGCUGGACUAGGAGGGAGUCUGGACAGAGGAGGUGGCAGUGGCAAAAGCACACGCUCAAGAGCAAAGAGCUUCCUCAAGAGAAUGGAGAGUCUGCGGCUCCGGAGUGGCACCUCCUCCAAGAGAAAGAAGAAGGGGACCGCAAAUGGGGGGAAGAUUGAAAUCAGUGGCCCUGUCAUCAAAGAGGGUCUAGAUGAUGACAAGUUGCGGAGGCUCAACUGUGUGGACAUCUCCAGUAUCAACCUCAACCAGAACCUCAAUCACCACCGCAAUCCCUCCCAGACUAUGACACUUAACAGGAAUCGCUCUGUAUCCUACUCCACUCAGACCAGUAAUGGCAGCACUGGUAGUACUGGCAGCAGUCAGUCUGAGGCCAGCAGUGGAAGUGCAGUGAGUACACCGAGCCCAGUAACCCGUGCUCGCAGCCACAGCACAGCGGCAGGCUCAAGUAAGAGAGGAGGAAUGUAUUUGGAGGGAUUUGACCCUUUCAGCAUUCUUCAACAAUCUUCAGAAAGACAGCCAACACCUCCACCCAAGUCUGCUCCGCCCAUCCCGUGCCAAGCCAGCAAUGGCAUGACUGUUGACGAACAGAACCGUAGGAACAACUGCACCGUUCAAGACAAUAACAGAGAUGUGGAAGAAGAGGAAGAAGAGGGUAUGAUCUUCUUCUACUUACCAGAAGGCCACAAACCUGGAACAUUCCCCAAGGCCCUGCAAGAUGGGGGUUCACGUAAUAAUAAUAGAAAUGAUAAUGGGAACUCAGUGAUCCUCAGGGGACGGCAAAGUAGGCGCCAGCGUCGCGGCUCUUCAGGCUCUGUCGACAGCCGGCUUAGUUUUUAUGACAAUGUUCCCUACACUGAGAGAGAUGAGGAAGGAGAGGAGGAAGAAGGAGAUGAACGCAAACUAGAGGAGGUACUCCAGCACGUCAGCGGCCUGCAGCAUUUUGUUAAUGCCUGGUCAGAGGCUGUGGCUAGGGAAGAGGACGAGGAGGACGAGGAUGAAGAGGAAGAAGGAGAUUCUGACUCAGCUUUGGACUCGGCCUCCCCUUGUCCGUCAUCUCCUCUGCAGAACCGACUGGAAGAGACUGAGAAUGGAAGUGACCAGGACAGCACAGGAAACCCUCUGGGAGAGGGAGAGGAGGGGAUGAGAGAGAGGAGAGACUCUGGUGUAGGAGCAUCUCUAACCAGAACCAGCAGACCACAGAAACUCCGCUGGCCAAGCUUUCAGAACUCCCACCGGCCCAGCUUGGCUUCCGCCCAGCUCCAGAUUAGCUGCCAGUCUGUGCUACAGAUGAAUUUACUCCAGAAGCUCUCACUGCUGCAGCUCACCGCCCUGCUGGAGAAGCACACACCCACUAACAAACAUGGCUUCAGUUGGGCUGUGCCAAAGUUUAUGAAGCGGAUCAAGGUGCGUGACUACAAAGAUAGGAAUGUGUUUGGUGUGCCCCUACAAGUUAUCGUCCAGCGGACUGGCCAGCCCCUCCCUCAGGGAAUUCAGCAGGCCAUGCGCUACCUCCGCAAUCAAUGCCUAGACCAGGUGGGUCUUUUUAGGAAAUCUGGAGUAAAAUCUCGGAUCCAGGCUUUGCGCCAAAUGAAUGAGGCAAGUGGCGCAGAUGGGGGAGGAGUCAACUAUGAAGGCCAAUCCGCUUACGACGUUGCAGACAUGCUGAAGCAGUACUUCAGAGAUUUACCAGAACCAUUGCUAACCAGCAAAUUGUCCGAGACUUUUCUCCAGAUCUAUCAGUACAUGCCAAAAGAACUCCGUCUUCAGGCUGCACGUGCUGCUGUGCUGCUGCUUCCCGAUGAGAAUAGGGAGGCACUGCGGACACUGCUUUGUCUACUGAGCGAUGUGACGGCCAGUGUGGCUGAGAACCAGAUGACACCAACCAACCUGGCUGUUUGUCUGGCCCCGUCCCUCUUCCACCUCAACACACUGCGCCGUAAAGAGAGCUCCUCACCCAGGGUGAUGAACAGGAAGCAAACAUUGGGAAAGCCAGACCAGAGGGACCUGAAUGAGAACCUGGCUGCCACUCAUGGCCUGGCACACAUGAUCCAAGAGUGCAGGAAACUUUUCCGGAUCCCAGAGGAAAUGAAUCGCUGCAGAAACUCCUAUGUGGAGCAGGCGCUGCUGCCACGACGUUUGGAGGAGUUUGCUGGUGAAGAGGCUGGGCACACGGGUUACACAGCCUACCUACGGGACAGCCUCGAUGCCCUGCUCAAAGAGGCUAAAGACAAGUUCAAAGGUUAUGACAGCUGCUCCACACCCGAGCAGGCAGAGCUGGCCUGUAGGAAGGUGCAUGAUGGUUUUCCACUGCGGGUCUGGAAGGUGACUGUAGAGGUGCCUGCAAGUCCUGAGGAGGUUCUGAUGCGGGUGCUGAGGGACCAGGGCCACUGGGAUGAGGACCUGCUCGAGAGUCGUGUAGUGGAGACUCUGGAUGAGCGAACAGAAGUCUACCAGUACGUUAGGAAUACAAUGGCCCCCCAUCCUACCAGAGACCAUCUGGUACUCAGGACAUGGGCAACAGACCUGCCAAAGGGAGCGUGUGCACUACUAUGUACAUCCGUGGAUCACGAAGGUGUGCCGGUGGUAGGAGUUCGGGUCAAUGUUCUCACUUCACGUUACUUUAUUGAGCCCUGCGGGACCAACAAAUCCCGACUCACACACAUUUCCAGGAUUGACUGCAGGGGUCGUUUCCCAGAGUGGUACAACAAACUGUAUGGACAUCUGAGCGCUGCUGAGGUGGCACGGAUACGUGACUCAUUUACUGUGCCUAUGGACAAAUGAGAAAGCAGCGUGCAGCAUGGACAACAGCGGUCCUAACAGCCUCUUACAACCCAAACUUAUGGACCUACUUUGGAUCCUACAGGGGACUCAAAAUGACCCAUCCCAACAGAGAGGUGGAUGCCUCUUUGUACACACAUUUAAAGGAUGAACCCUGGAUCCUGGAUUGAAGGACUUUUUUGCUCUGAUUAUGUCACAAGAGACUACUGUUAACUAUUAAAACUUAUGUUGGGGCUGUCAGUGCUCUGCUAAGUGGACUGUCACACCACCAUUUAUCUGGGCCAAAGGACAUGAUGAUACAGGAUGUGAGACUUCAAUUUUAUCCAAAGGGUGCUAUUGCUUCUGAGAAGCAAGGAGAUUUGGUGCGUGUGUUUGUGUGUAUGUAAGUAUGUGUGCGUGCAUGAGCAAUCAAAGUAAAAUACGGUUAAUAAACACAUAUUCCUUGCACUGGUUUCCAGUUGCAGUAUAAUGUACAUACAGUGUUGUGUUCACAGUAAUGGUCUGUUUUGUGUUACCUCUGUCCCUUUUUCUGUUACAGCAAAGCACACAAGAAAUAUUACAUAAUAUUAUAGUGAAAUUAUUGAUGAGUCCAAGAAUGAAGAAAGAUUUGAAUGUGCUGGUGAUAUCAAGACUCAGUUGAGACAUUAGACAAAAUAUGAUGAGACAGCAGAUAGGUAAUAACACAGAGGGUUUUAGUGUUUCUGUAGAGGUAGGAGGAGACAGACAAGUAUCGGUGGCUGGCUCACCAAAAAAAAGGAAAUAUCAGAGAAUGGGCCUUAUUUCCUGACAUAUAAACAGAUGUCUCCUAGUUGGUUUAGAAGAUGCGAAUUCCAGUUGGUCUCAUUGUGUCCCAGUUUAAUAAAGAAGUGUGUACAGGAGCAGAUUGUGAAAGAUGAUUAGUGGAAAUGCUGAAAUGAUAAUGUUGUAAAUUUUCCAGGAUUUACCCGACAAACUAAAAUGUAAUACCAGUGGAACUAAAUGGACCAAAACUGUUAUAGUUUUCCAUUCUAAACUCUUUGUCACUAAAAAAAAUUAAGUGGGGUUGUUAAGAGCGCAGUCAAUUCACAAAAACAUCACAUUUAACUCCGAAAAAUAAGAGAAACACUUUUGAAAUAUUUCUAAUAAGAAGUUUGCUUUGAUGAACAUGAGAACAGAAACAAUGCACUGUUCUAACUUGCAACAGAAACCUCUGGUGUGUCAUGAGAGAGAUCAUUAGUAAACAGAGAAAAAAUGGUCCUUUUAUAAAGGUGGCAAAUUUACAGGUUUUACUGUAGAGAAGAGGGCAGAUUGAAUGUUUGUGUGAAUUCAAAGGAAGGAAAAAUAUCUAUAUGUAAACUUCUUUCUCUGAACUGUCUUGUCAGUGUUUAAAAGAAGUCCGAUUUCGGUCAUCAUAACUAAGUUGACCAUCAUUGUAACACUCUAAAAUCUGAGGACUCACAUUUGUCAUGUUGAGUUGUAUAAUUAAUUCACUAAGCCAUUGUUCAUAUCGUAAAUGUUUGUACCUUACUGUACCUUAACUGUGUCUCUGCCAAAUAAUAACGCAUGACAAUGACAGUUAAUUUAAAACAAAUAUAUUUAUACCUCAGAUAUACAGUAUGUUUGUUUUGUAUCAUACCAUUUUAUUUUAUUUUAUUGUAAAUGUUAAGCUUUGUGUUUAAAAUGAACAAAUGUUUUAUCUUUUUUAUUAAUAUUAUUUCUGUACAGGUUAAUCAAAGUGCACUAUUAAAUGUAUUAAAAUAA